AUGGCUUUCGCCGCACCUGCAAUUGGCUCUACUUUCUUCUCACGCUUUUUCCGUUCUUUCUCCACCAGUUCUCCCACCCUCACUUUGACACCACAAUCUUCAGCUCGAAACAUGGCAAGCAACACAAAUACCGCGACCGUUGCAGCGGGUUGCUUCUGGGGCGUUGAACACCUUUUCCGCAAAGAAUUCGGCAACGGUAAGGGUCUGUUGGACGCGAAAGUUGGCUACUGCGGAGGCGAGACUACAUCUCCCUCAUAUCGCGCAGUUUGCACCGGAAACACAGGUCACGCCGAAGCACUUCAGAUCACUUUUGACCCCGCUGUCGUGAGCUACCGCUCGCUUCUGGAAUUCUUCUACUGCAUGCAUGACCCCACGACCGAAAACCGCCAGGGAGGGGAUGUAGGUACUCAGUACCGCAGUGCAAUCUUCACCCACGGCGACGAACAGCUCAAGAUCGCCGAGGAUGUUACGGAGAAGGUCAGCAAGGAGUGGUAUAAGCAGCCUGUUUCGACUAAGAUUGUGCCUGCAGGCCAGUGGUGGGAUGCAGAGGAGUACCACCAGCUCUAUUUGCAUAAGAAUCCUUCGGGAUAUGAGUGUCCUGCGCACUUUGUUCGGAAGUUUCCCCCGCUAUCUGCUUGA